GUGAAGAGCGUGGUCCGACGCAGCUCGGAGGUAUCCCCCGAGGCUGGCAGCUUCGUCUACCUGGGGGACUUUGCGCACAUCACGUACGCCCAACUCCAGGUGAAAUUUCCAGAGUCAUGCUCUGAACCCGACCUUGCGGGCAAUAGCCCUAAAGCAACGGCACCGCCAGGCAGCACCAGCUCUUCACCCCCACCACUCUCCGCACGUGAUGUCGCCAAGAAGGUUCGAGACGAGACGUCCAGGUUCGUGGAAAGUUCCACUUGGUUGGAAUACCUUCUGGGAGGUUUCGCAAAGGACGUCAAGGACCUUCCAGGCGACAUUCCGAGCAAGAGUCGCACCGAAAAGGACGCAACGGGGUACACAAGUACUGAGCUAUCGGAGCAGGUACUGCAGCUGCCAGAUACAUGCCCCGAUUUUACUCCGAAGACUUUGAACUUCAGCUUGGAGUGGACGAAAAACGCGGAGCAAGACAAGUCCCUCAACGCGCGCAACAUCCUGUCAAACGAGUACUACCUAAAGAGGCUUUCGAAAUUUGAGUUUGACAGCUACCUCUUCCUCGACCUGGUGGGCAGGGUUCGACAUGUCGAAACCAACCUCUCCACUCGUCCUCCUCUUCCCCUUUAUCCUCCUCCUUCUCCGGCCUCUCCGGGCUACCACACCUCCACUGAUGCGGACGACUACGACUACUAUUACACGUACGACUACUACGAUUACGUUUAUAACUCUAACUACGGUAGUGAGUCCUCCAGUCCGGCGAAGAACCUCACAUGUUCGACGGCCACCACCGUGAGCAUCUGCACCCCCACCGAUGACGAGGACAACCCGCAGGCCUGCUUCUGUGCGGUGAAGACAACGGGUCUGCCGCGCACGCUGCGUGCCUACAUGGACCCGCAUGACCCCCUGAACAGCACCGCCGUCAUGGAGCUCAUCCGCCUGUGGCCCGACUACAUCCAGAAAGUGACCCUGGAUGAGAUGCAGGGCGGGCUAGACUACCUGCUCACAGCCGGCCGGGGAAUGGUGGGCAAGUUUGCUACGCAGCUGGUUUUGACCAUCCAUGCAUACGACCGCCGCAACCCGCGCAGCAGCGUCUUGUUCUACCUGAAGGCCGAGCGGGAUACCAGCCAGGGUGAGCUCAGCACCAGCACCCUGACGCUGACGGUGCUGGCGGGAUGGAC